AUGGCCAGACACGCAUCCACGACCGAUCUUCCAGACGAUCCAGCCCCGAGGGUGGGACAAGAUAACAAAGUCGACGCGGCAGCCGCAGAACCCAUGAACGGCGCUACCACCCGUGCGCGAGUUGCCGGUGCCGUUGACAUCCGAGAAGGCGUGAAGAUACAGAAAAAGUACGACGAGGAGCGGCAGAAGCGGCUACGGCCGGACGGCGAUGCGCAGUACGUGGACCUGGCGCUGUCGGAGGAGUUCAAGCACUAUCGAGAAGACCCCUGGAUCGACGAGCGCUCGGAAAAAGUGACCGUCAACGACGGCGAGCACGUCAAGUAUCUCAUCCUGGGGGCUGGAAUUGGCGGCCUCCUCUUCGCCGUCAAGCUCAUCAAGGCAGGCAUAUCGGCGUCGGAGAUCCGUCUCGUUGACGCGGCGGGAGGUGUGGGAGGGACGUGGUAUUAUAACCGCUAUCCGGGGUUGAUGUGCGAUAUAGAGUCAUAUUGCUAUCUUCCGCUUCUUGAAGAGAUGGAUUACGUCCCAGAGCACAAGUAUGCAUACGGCCACGAGAUCAGGAAGUAUUUGAACGCCGUCGCAGACAAGUAUCGUCUCUCGGACACGGCCAUGUUCCGCGCCAAAAUCAAUACCCUCGUCUGGGAAGAAUCUAGCUGCCAGUGGAAAGUCGGCAUGACCAAGGAGCACAAAUCAGGCUCUCAGCUGAAGAUCGAUGUGACUGCGGAGUUUGUCGUUGCGGCAUCUGGCCUGAUUCUGCAUCCGAAACUCCCUGCCGUUUCUGGGAUCGAGAACUUCAAGGGUGCUUCGUUUCAUACGUCGCGCUGGAACUAUGCUCUCACUGGCGGUUCUGAGGGGAAUCCAGUCCUUGACAGGCUCGCCGGGAAACGAGUGGGCAUAAUCGGGACUGGCGCCACGGCGGUCCAGGCAAUUCCGCAACUUGCCAAGUAUGCCGGACACCUCACUGUCUUCCAGCGGACUCCUUCCUCUGUCGACAUACGUGGCCAACGCGCCACAGACAAGGACAGAUGGACUUCUACCGUUGCAUCUCAUCCUGGCUGGUGGAGGGAGCGGAAUCUCAACUUGGCAGCCCACAUGUCUGGUGCCCUUCGACCCGAUGAUAGAGACCUUGUCAACGACCAGUCGACAUCCUGCCUCUCAUACCGUGGUGCGAUUGGCGGGCCUGAUCUGCCAUCCUCGGUGGAGGAGAUCCCGGCCUUUGUGGCACGUUUGCACGCUGUGGACCUGCCCCGCGCCGAGCGAAUCCGCCAACGGGUUGAUGAGGUUGUGAAGGACACCAGGACUGCUCAGGCGCUCAAGCAUUGGUACACGACGUGGUGCAAACGACCAACAUUCCAUGAUGACUAUUUACCGUGCUUCAAUCUUCCGAAUGUCGAGCUUGUUGACACGAGUGGAAAGGGUGUCGAUCGUCUCACGGCCACAGGAGCCGUUGUGGACGACAAGGAGUAUCCGUUGGACAUUCUGAUCUUCAGUACUGGUUUUCGCGCCCCUGGAAUCGGCAGCCCUGCGUCCCGUGCAGGUAUGAAAAUUACCGGCAGGAAUGGCAAAAACAUGGACGCGAAGUGGGAAGAAGCCGUGGCGACGUUGCAUGGGACUAUGACACACGACUUCCCCAACUUCUUCAUGCCUGGCCCGUUUCAGGCAGCUGCAACGGGGAACCAGACUUUUGCGCUCGACAUCAUGUCCAGCCAUGUGGCCCAUAUCAUCAGCCAAGCUCAGGCAAAGCAUCCUGGUCAGAAAAUAGUAAUCGAGCCAACGAAGGAGGCGGAAGAGAUCUGGUCGUGGGAAGUGCUGAAAAGAAGCAUCGCAUUCGCGGGGAUGGCGGGUUGUACGCCUGGUUAUCUCAAUGGAGAAGGAGUCAUGGACAGCUUGCCGAUGGAGGCGAAGAUGAAAGUCGCCAGAAUGAGCAUCUGGGGCGAGGGCAUCCAACGUUUCAUGGAGACGCUUGAAACUUGGGAACAGACUGGUAAGCUCGAAGGUUUGGAAGUGAGGCCGGUCGAGUCCUAA